GCCCGCCUGCCUCACAGCACAGCAGCACGCCGAGGCGCCGCGUCUGAAGGAAGAGGCUCCAACACCUUUAGGACACCUACAAGCUCUGUUGCACUGCGGCUGCACACCUGUUUUGAAGAAGCUGAUCAAGGAAUGAACAGACCCAGGCUAACAAUUUUCCUCAGCUCCCAGGGUUUUCUGUAGGGCUAGACGGGCUCUUUUCUGUAUGCAGUCGAUACCAGUUUAAGAGUGUGACUGGGGACGAUGACAACAGAGGUGGGAUCUGAGACGGAGGUGAAGAAAGAGCCGGAGAAGGCGGAGGAGCAGCCUACAGCACCUGAGCCAACGGUCACGAACCAGACAGACGAGGCCAAGGCCGAAGAGGCCGCCAGCGAGAGCCCUGCUCCGGGCCCAGACUCAGCCGAUGCGCCUGCGGAGAUCCAGGAGAACCAGGAGGACACCCAGCCUGCUGACAACGUCACAGUACAAGAAGGAGAGGGCAGCCCGGCCUCCCCACCAGCCUCAGAGAAGAAAGGCAUCUCCAGGUUCCUCCCUCCAUGGCUUAAGAAGCAGAAAUCCCAGAGCCAGGUGAGACCCAAAGAGAGCCAGACUGAUACAAAGGAGAACGAAGGUGUGGUCCAGGUGAAGGAGGAAGAAGGUGAGAAGGCAAAGACGACUGAGGCAGAGCAGACAUCAUCACCCGCUGCAGCCGAGCCAAAGGUCAAAGAAGAGAAGGUCAACGGAGAGGCGGAGCCAGAACCGAAAGAGGAAGUGACAUCAGAGGAAAAAGAGGAGGAGAAUCAUUCGACUGGCAGUGCAGACACUCAGCCUGCUAAGGAGGAGAAAGCAGCAGAGGAAUCACAGGAGAAGAGUGCCAGUGCCACAGAAGAGGAGAACAUAAAGGCAGACGAAGGACAAGAGGAGAAAGACAAGGGAGAGACCCAGAAGCCAGAGGGAGGGCAUUCGUUCAUCAAGUCGCCGCUGAAACUGACCAAGAAGGUGAAGAUGGUGAUGUGUCAUGUGACCAUGCUGGAUGGAAGCCAGUUCACUUGCGAGGUGGAGAAACGGGCAAAAGGCCAGUACCUGUUUUAUAAAGUUUGUGAAGCCCUGAACCUACUAGAGAAGGACUACUUUGGAUUGAGUUACAGAGACAACGCAGACCAGACGUGCUGGCUGGACCCGACAAAGGAGAUCAAACGUCAGAUUCGCAGUGCCUCCUGGCAGUUUGCGUUCAAUGUGAAGUUCUACCCUCCUGAUCCCUCUCAACUGACCGAGGAUAUCACCAGAUAUCUCCUGUGCCUUCAGCUCCGGCAGGACAUUGCAUCGGGACGACUGCCCUGCUCUUUCGUCACUCACUCCCUGCUGGGCUCCUACUCCCUGCAGGCCGAGCUGGGCGACUAUGACCCCGAUGAGCACCGGCUCGACUACAUCAGCGACUUCCAGUUUGCUCCCUCACAGACCAAGGAGAUGGAGGAGAAAGUGGUGGAGCUUCACAAAACCCACAGGGGGAUGACUCCGGCUCAAGCAGAUACCCAGUUCUUAGAAAAUGCCAAGAAGUUGUCGAUGUAUGGUGUAGACCUCCACCAUGCCAAGGACUCCGAUGGAGUGGACAUCAUGUUGGGAGUGUGUGCUAACGGCCUGCUGAUCUACAAAGACCGACUCCGGAUAAACCGCUUCGCCUGGCCCAAGAUCCUCAAGAUCUCCUACAAACGCAGCAACUUCUACAUCAAAAUCAGGCCUGGGGAGACGGAGCAGUUUGAAAGCACCGUGGGCUUCAAGCUGCCCAACCACCGUGCGGCCAAGAGGGUGUGGAAGGUCUGCGUGGAGAAUCACACCUUCUUCAGGUUGUUGACUCCAGAAGCGCCCACAAAAGCCAAGUUCCUCACCUUGGGUUCUAAGUUCCGCUACAGUGGGCGAACACAAGCCCAGACACGACAAGCCAGCACCCUCAUCGACCGGCCGGCACCCUACUUCGAGCGCACCUCCAGCAAGCGUAUCUCACGAAGCCUGGAUGGAGCUCCAGUGAUCAAUGUGACCGAGGCACAUGACAUGGCCCCGACUUCUGGGGAGAACGGCAGGGAGCCUGGCCUGGAUCUCUCCUCUGACUCCAAGGCCACGCAGUUAGAGGAGGAGCCUAGCGAGUGGGCGGCGGCCACACCUACCGAGAUGAAAGAAGAUGAGCCAGACUCCUCUCUGCAGGACCUGGAUAAGACUCAGGAGGACGUUUUGAAACAUCAGGCUAGCAUUAGCGAGUUAAAGCGCAGUUUUAUGGAGGCCACCCCCGAACCGCGUCCCAGUCAGUGGGAAAAGCGUCUCACAGCCAGCCCGGCUACCAGCCUGCGUCUGCAGGCCCAAGGGAGCUUAGAAGAGGAGAUGACCUCCAUAUUAUUCAGUAAAUUUGCCUGCGAGUCUGGGCUGGUUGACCCUGGCUGCACUGCCACUAAGCGAGCAGCAGAGGGCGCCGGUGCUGUAGGCUCUGGCCCUCUGGUUUCACCUCUACGCACUGCCGAGAUAAGCCAGGAGCUGCUCCCUGACCUUACAGUCGACAAGGUCACCCAGAGUGCCGAUGACAAACAGAAAAAAGGCGAGGCGGCUUGGCAGGCGGCAGAGGUUGAGAUUGAAGAGACUGUAGUCGUCAAGGAGAUCAGGGUGGCCCCGAAAGGCUCCGUCACCAUCACUGCCCCCGAGUUGGUAGUCACCCCAGACCAUGUGGAGGUGGAGAAGCCCAAGGAGGAAGUGAUGGUGGAAGUGAAGACGGAGGUCAAGGAGGAGCAGAAGAGGCCUGUGAGCUUGUCCUCCGACAGCCACAGUGAGAGCGAGGAGGAGGAGGCGGGGGAGUACCACCCCCAGGUCCCUGUCAGCUUCUCCGUGGACCAGAUCAAAGAAGAACCCGAGGAGGAGAGGGAGGAGGUCAGUGAAGAACCAGAGCAAGUCACGCCGCCCCUUUCAGAACCAGAACCGAUGGCAGAAGUCAAAGCACAGGCCCAGCCUGCCGAUGUAAUCGUGGAAGAGAUUCCCCUGGCAGAGCCAGUCCCUGUAGCCCAAGCCCUCGCCGAGGAGGAGGAGAGCACGGAGGACAUCCUCCUCACCCCUGACGAGACCCCUAACGGCCACGCCGAGGCCCCCGAGGAUGAGGCCGGCCUCGUGGCCCUAGAGGAGGUGGGGGAGGAGGAGCCCAGAGUCAAUGGGGACGCGUCUCACGCCGAGACGGAGCGCCUCCCCCAGGUUAUUUGUUGCUCUGAGCCGCCCGUGGUGAAGACAGAGAUGGUGACCAUCUCAGACACGUUUGCGGCCCAGAAGACCGAGAUUGCCACUAAGGAGGUUCCCAUCGUGCACACAGAGACAAAGACCAUCACGUACGAGGCCGCCCAGCUGGACGGCUCUGGAGACGGCGAGCCGGGCGUUUUGAUGACGGCACAAACCAUUACAUCCGAGUCACUGUGCACCACCACCACCACUCACAUCACCAAGACAUUGAAAGGCGGCCUCUCAGAAACCAGGAUUGAGAAACGCAUUGUCAUCACUGGGGACUCGGACAUCGACCACGAUCAGGCCUUGGCCCAAGCUAUAAAGGAAGCCAAAGAGCAGCACCCUGACAUGUCAGUGACCCGGGUGGUGGUCCACAAAGAGACCGAGCUGGCCGAGGAGGGCGAGGACUGAGGUGCCAGAGCUGAAGAGCCAGUGAAGUUCAUACAUGGAUGUUUAAGGAACUCCUGUUAUCUCCCAAACCGAGAGUCAGCCUGGGAAGAAGACUAUGUGAAGACAGCUGAACUCCUAUGUGUCUGUGUGUUAAGUCACACACCUUCCUUUUUUAUCACUCAGACGAGAACCACUUAGCUAACAUUUGUAGCGUGUUUUAAUUUUUUAGUGCUUUUUUGCAGAAAGAUGAAACAAUGUCUACCAUUAUUAAAACCAUAAAGGAUUUAUCAAGUGGUAAUUUUUAUUGUUUAGUAGUAUUCACAUUCCUAGUAUGUACAGAUGAGUUAAUUCAUGAGAAAAUACAUUUCAAUACCUUUCUUCCUGCAUUCACGCAGCUACAGAGGAACAGGUAUUUAGAUUAAGUGGGCAUAUUAGCUUUGGACCUGGUCUUGUUCCAUGUUGUCUUAGAGUCAAAUGUUUAACAGUUUUUUUUGGGGAAAGGAAGAACUGCAAAUUCAUUUUAAUUGGGAGAGUUUCCAAGAGACCAAAUGAGGGUCAGGCACUGUCAUUUUGUACAUUGCGCUACAGUGCCAACACAUUUUCUGUGUCAAAAGACAAACAUUCCAUAGAAGGGUAGGUGCUUUUUUCACCUCUCAGAAAAAACACAAAAACAACAAAAAAUCAUCAAACACUAGGCAGCUUGGAAACGUUGCAUUUCCGUAUUUUUCUGGCAUCAUUAAUCAGAAAUAUAUUUGUAAAAGUAAAAACAUUUUUUUUUCUUUUUAACUUUUUGUCUUUCUGUAAACUGAUGUUUAGAUGAUGAGGUGGGUAUGUUUGCCCCUUUUAAAUAUUUUUAAUAUAUUUCAGAGGUUUUUUGACAACUAAAAGAAACACAAAAUUGCCACAUUUUAUUAUUUUACCUGUAGAUAAAGGAGAUAGCUGCCCUUUGCCUAGCACUCUCUGCAAUCUGACCAACCGCACCAAACCCAAUGAAACUGUCACUUUGCUUAUUGGACCCUGUGUAUUGCAGACACUUAGAUUUUUAGCAGCUUGCUAAUUGUGUUGUGUUGUUCCCCUAUCCACUCCAUCACAGUCACCCGUGUAACACUGUUGAAAUAAAAGUUUGUUAUUCUCUAA